UCCACACGUUAAUCCAUGUUAAUCUACUGAGCCACGGAACUCUGUUAUCACAAAGGCAACUGGAUAUUCUACUGAAUUCAUCGAUUUUGAAACCAAAAGAUACGAAGCGAAGUACUUUGAGCUCUUAUCCACACACAGCAUUUCCAAAAGGAGCCGAAGAUCCCUCACAGGCCUAUAAAUGGAGCAAAAGGUGUGUCAUUUCAAGGCCCUCAACGGGGACGUCCUAGCAGAUAUCAUUGGUCGAUUAGAUGGUUCAACUCUGGCUGCUGCUGCCUGCACCUGUUCUGACCUCCGUGAUAUAGCUCGAGACCAAUGCUUAUGGAAACAGCUGUGUCACUCCACCUGGCCCUCUACUGCACUUGAAGAAGCAAAUCUUCUUCUUUCGUCUUCACCCAUUGGUAGCUUCCACAAGUUCUACGCCAACUCUUAUCCAUUGCUGUUACACGGCAAACAAAUCAAAUCUCCAGAACUAAAAACCCAUGCCACCGCUUCUCAAUUUGCUUCGCUGGUGGAUCUUUACUACACGAAAGAAUGUGUUCUGUCUAAAGUAUUAGAUGGCAUACCCCAAGCAGUGGAUGGCAACUCUCGCAGAUGGUACUCAAAUUGCCCAUUUAAACUAGAGCUAUUGAGCCUUGACUAUGAUGAACGCACACGUUUUGACAAUGAACUUGGCUAUGCCUACAUCGAAGACGAUGAUGAAGAAAGAAGAGGUCCUCCAUCAAUAUCAGUAUCAGAAGGUGAAAAAUUGAGACAUGAUCACUGCAAGGAGCUGGAGGAGAAACUCAGGUUAAGUUGGGUGCUGCUGGACAAGAAAAAGGGCAAAGCUGUCAAUCUCUCAAGCUGGAAGCCAGUGUUGGUACAGAGCAGAUGGCCUUUCAGUGCGGACUAUGUGAUUCAUUUUGGUAGCAUUGUACUAGUGGAUGAGAGCUUGUUGUCUAACAAAUUGGCCAUGUGCAAAAUAGUAGUUGGAUGCAAACUGAGAGAAAGUGGAGGGUGUCCAAAAUGGAGGGAAAUUAGCAUGCAUAUCGAGGACCUGACAGGUGCAAGUGUUGGUGGAAGUAAGAGUUUGAUGGUUCUGAAUCACGCUCUAGACUGCUUGCGGAGUACUAAUCACCAUGAAGUCAAACAGGGUUUUCGUCAAUAUGAGAAGCGAAAGAGAGAGAUGAUGAGGAAAAAGGAGUUACGGGAAACUUUAAUUGAAGGAUUCUGUGUCUCAAUUGAAGUAGCAAUUUUUGUAACUCUUUGUUAUAUUUAUUUAUUUCUCUAGCACUUCUCUACCAAAUCCAAUGAAUUUUUCUCAGUUAAGCACAUUUUAAAGCA